CCCGGAGGGACGGCCGCGCAGGCGCAGUCGCUUGUGGUUCAGACGCAGAGGCUUGGCCCCGCGGGUGAGUAACAGAUGCGGGUGAAAGAGCCGUCCACAGUUCUAGCUGAGAAAGCCAGAAGAAGUAGGAGGCCUCCUGUACCUCACGAUGAGGACUCUUCAGAUGACAUUGCUGUAGGUUUCACUUGCCAACAUGUCACUCAUGCUGUCAAUGUGAAUCAUGUGAAAAAAGCAAUAGCUGAGAAUCCGUGGUCAGUUUGCUCAGAAUGUUUAAAAGAAAGAAGAUUCUGCGAUGGACAGCCCGUACUUUCUUCGGAUACUUGGUUGUGCCUCAAGUGUGGUUUUCAGGGAUGUGGUAAAAACUCAGAAAGCCAGCAUUCAUUGAAGCAUUUCAAGAGUUGGAGAACAGAGCUUCAUUGUAUUAUAAUUAGUCUGAGCACAUGGAUUAUAUGGUGUUACGAGUGUGAUGAAAAAUUAUCAACGCAUUGUAAUAAGAAGGUUUUGGUUCAGAUAGUUGAUUUUCUCCAGAAACAUGUUUCUAAAACGCAAACAAGUGCAUUUUCCAAAAUUAUAAAAUUUUGUGAAGAAAAAUGUGAAACAGGUGAAAAACAGAAGGGAAGAAAAGGCAGCUGUGUAACAUCUGUAAAGGGAAUUAUGAAUUUAGGAAAUACUUGUUUUUUUAAUGCAGUUAUGCAGAACUUGGCACAGUCUUACAUUUUUACUGAACUGAUGAGUGAGAUCAAAGAAAAUGGUACAAAACUCAAGAUUUUUCCUUCAUCAGACUCUCAGCUGGAUCCGUUAACGGUAGAACUUUCAAGCCCUGGCCCGCUGACCUCAGCCUUGAUCCUGUUUCUUCACAGCAUGAAGGAAACUGGAAAAGGACCGCUUUCUCCUAAAGCUCUUUUCAGUCAGCUAUGUCAGAAAGCCCCUCGAUUUAAAAGUUUUCAACAACAGGACAGUCAGGAGCUUCUGCAUUAUCUGCUGGAUGCAGUGAGGACAGAAGAAACAAAGAGAAUACAAGCUGGCAUUCUAAAAGCAUUUAACAACCCAACAACUAAAACUGCUGAUGAUGAAACUAGAAAACAAGUCAAAGCAUAUGGAAGAGAAGGUGUGAAAAUGAACUUCGUAGAUCGGAUCUUUAUUGGUGAAUUAACUAGCACAGUCAUGUGUGAAGAAUGUGCAAAUGUCUCCACGAUGAAAGAUCCUUUUAUUGAUAUUUCACUUCCUAUAAUAGAAGAAAGGCAUCAACUAAUUCAUGGCAGAAAACGUACAAGGAAGUUGCCAUCCGGAGAAGAUAAAGCUGUUGUCAUAUACCGGAAAGAUGGAAACUCUGGAGUGAAUGGGGAUUCUUCAGUGCUCGUGAGCGUCAUGAACACUGGGUCACCUCUGACUGAAAACCCCACUGACGGCAGUGCAAAAGAAGCCAGUCAUUCUGAAAGUAGUGUUGAUGCUGACAGUGAGGCUUCGGAAUCUGAAAGUGCUUCCAAGAAGACCCUGUUGCCAAGAUCCAGUAGUGGCUGCUGCGGGCAUACAAAUGGGCAUCACCAUCCCUCAGCAAGCAAGACACCCCCCAAAGAGACCGACAGUGGUGAUGAGGGAGUGGCUGAAGCUAUUUCUGAACUUCGUUUAAGCAGCACUGUAACUGGAGAUAGAGAUUUUGAUGAGGAAAAUCAGCCACUAAUUCUUGCAGAUAAUUUAUAUUUUUCAGAGGGGAGACGUAUGAUGUCUCCCAGUCCCCAAAAUGCUUUUCAGACCCUUUCUCAGAGCUAUGUAACUACUUCUAAAGAAUGUUCAGUUCAGUCUUGUCUCUACCAGUUUACAUCUAUGGAAUUAUUAAUGGGGAAUAACAAGCUUCUUUGUGAGAACUGUACUGAAAAGAAACAGAAGUGCCAAAGGGAAACCAGUUCUGCAGAAAAGAAAGCAGAGGGGAUUUAUACUAAUGCCAGAAAGCAGUUGCUCAUAUCUGCUGUUCCAGUUAUCCUAAUACUCCAUCUUAAAAGAUUCCAUCAGGCUGGAUUGAGUCUUCGAAAGGUAAACAGACAUGUAGAUUUUCCACUUGUGCUUGAUUUAGCACCAUUCUGUUCCGCUACUUGUAAGAAUGUACAUAUAGGAGAGGAAGUUCUCUAUGGUCUGUAUGGCAUAGUGGAACACAGUGGCUCAAUGAGAGGAGGUCACUACACUGCAUACGUGAAAGUGAGAACACCUUCCAGGAAAUUAUGGGAACGUAUCACUGGAAAGAAAAGUGUACCUGGUUUGAAAGAACCGGAUAGUGAAUUGGCAGGCCAAUGGGUCCAUGUCAGUGACACUCAUGUGCAGGUGGUUCCAGAAUCACGAGCACUUAGUGCACAAGCAUACCUUCUUUUUUAUGAGAGAAUAUUUUAAUUAUUUUAUUAAUUAUUGAGGGUAACGAUUAUUUAGAUCACGUUUAUUUAAAUGCUGCAAUGAUAACCAUAACAUGCAAUGUGCCUUUGUAGUCUGUCCUCUUCUGUAGGAACAGCAUGUCCCUCAAAUGCUCCUGAACGUUUUUACCUUUUUGGUGAAUCCUCUUAAAGUAAAUUAAAUUUAGUCAAUGCUUUCAAGUAUAUAUUUUUAAAAUAAAUGUAAACACGUUUAAAAAGUUGUUUGUCCCAGAACAAAAGUAGAAUUUACAGUAGUAGAAGAAAUGCCUUUAUGGUGUGGAUUAUUAUUAUUAUAAGCAUUCAGAAAUGAUGUUGGCUAAAUCAGAUCCUUCCUUAAAUGGUGUUACCCAAAUGUGAGUCACACACCACCUUUCUCAUAUAUAUGUAUCUACCACACCAUUAUUUACUUAAAAGUUUUGACCUUAUUUUUUAGCUUUACUUUUUUUAACUGUAGCCCUACUUUGAGCAUAUUCCACAUUUUAUGUGCUAGUUGUAUUUUUUAUAAUAAACCUUAAAGUAAUAUGUAACUAUUAAAGAAAAGUUGUUCAUGUAUUAGUUCACUUAAAAUCAUCUCAGGACUAUCUGGUGGUUAUAUGUAUGCUGUUGUGUGGGGAACGUUGUUAACACAUGUCCUUGCACAACUGGCAUGGUGACUUUGUCUUGUUUUGUAUGAUUCAGCCAUAUAAAAAGGUAUCAAUAUAACUUCAGUCAUAU